AAUGGGGACUAAGCUUCCGCCAUCUUGGGCUCAGGCGGAUGAAAGGGACCUUCGUGGGCGCUGCUGCUGCCGCUUUUGCUGGGGCCGCCAUCUUAGCGGUGUUUUAAAAACCUCCUGCCUCUCGCGCUGAGAGCACCUUGGGGCGAGUUUGAGUCAGACCAUCGUCUUUAGGUCCAUCCACAAUGUGGAAUGAACCCAAUUUGACACCACGUUUUAACUGCCAUGGUUCAAUGCCAUGCAAUCUUGGGAUCUGUAGUUUUACAAGGCCUUUAGCCUUCUCUGCCAAAGACUGGCUAUGACUCACCAAACUACAAUACUUAGGAAUCCAUAGCAUUGAGCCGUUGCAGUUUAAAGUGGUGUCAGACUGCAGUAGUUCAGCAGUGUAGAGGUGCCCUCAGUCGCAUCCAGUGCAUCUUGAAUCCUGAGGUGAUGUGAAGCACAGUUAAAGCCCUGGCAGACAGUGCAAAAAGAAUUUGCGAACCCCACCUCUUCCGAAGGGAACUGAACCAUCUAAACCAGGCUCUACAGGCCAAUGGAUACUCCCACCAUAGACAUCAGAAGAGCUGCAAGACCAAGAACAAGCCACGAGAGUAAAGACAAAAGAUCCACCCGGAGGAAAAGUGUUCUUACCAUACAUCAAGGGAACCACUGACCGCAUAGGGAAGCUGAUGAAGAAACACAAUCUAUGAACUAUCUACUGACUCACUAAGAAAAUCCAACAAAUGCUAUGUUCAGCAAAGGACAAGAGGGAUCCUCUUAGCUCUGCAGGAUCUACCAUAUACCAUGUAGCUGUGGACAAGUCUACACAGGGACCACCAAACGCAGCAGCAUUGCCCAGGCACGAAUCAAAGAACGUGAAAGGCACCACAGGCAGAUUCAACCAGAGAAGUCGGCUAUAGCAAAGCACUUGAGGAACCAACCUGGACACAGCACAUUAUUUGAAAACACAGAAAUGCUGGGCCACUCUAACAACCACCAUAUCAGACUGCCCAGGGAAGCCUUUGAAAUCCACAAGCAUGUUGACAAUUUCAACACAAAGCAGGAAAUCAUGAACAUGAACAAAAUCUGACUAUCAAUAUUACAGAACUCUAAAAUCAGGACAGUAAAUAAAGAACAACACUCAGAAAACAGGAGAAUUCCAGUUAAACAAUCAGUCAGCUAAACAAAGGAUUUUCCCCAGGGUCCAGUUUAUAACUAGUGACGCAGGAGGAUGAGGGAAGGCAGGAAAUGGGUGAAAAAUACAGUAUGGUAAACCACUAGAUGACAGCCACAACAGCUGCACAUCUUCUCCCACUCUGAUCAGAGUUUGCAAGACAGGCACCAUGGGCAUCAGGGAGGUGCUACAAAGCCGUAGGUUCUGGGGCAGCCUCUUGGCAGAAGCCUCUGGCACCCUUAUCUUUGUCUGGGUGGUGCUGGGUGCCUCUUCCCCAGCUGGUCCAACAGAGGAGCUCCCUUCCCCGCUCCAGCCAGCCCUUGCCGCAGGGAUGGUAGCUGUCAGCCUGGCUCACUGCUUUGGAGAGAUCAGUGGUGCUCAAGUCAACCCAGCCCUCACCAUGGCCUUCCUGUGCACCCGCAAACUGGAUGUUUUGCAUGCAGCAAGCUAUAUUACUGCUCAGUGUUUGGGUGCUAUCAUAGCAUCUGGAAUUUUCUAUCUUAUUCUGCCCACCACUGCCAUUGGACAUUUGGUCACAAAGGUCAGCAGUGAGGGAAAUGCUGGGCAGGCUUUAGGAAUGGAGGUUUUUUCCACCUUCCAGCUGGCUCUCACUAUCUUUGCUGUCGAAAACCAUCGGAGGCAUGAAACAGGCGAGCCGGGGAUCCUGGCCAUUGGCUUCUCUGUGGUGGCAGGAGCUCUCACUGCAGGUGCUUUCUCUGGGGGCAGCAUGAACCCAGCCCGAUCAUUGGGACCAGCAGUAGUCACAGGAAUCUGGGAGCAUCAUUGGGUGUACUGGCUUGGACCCACAAUGGGUGCAAUCCUUGCUGGAGUAUCCUAUGAGUUCUUCUUGGCUCACAGUGCUUCACGGGAGAAGCUAGUUGCUUGUCUGACCUGCCGUGACAUUGAAAUUGUGGAGGCAGCCAGUAUGUCUCGUUCAUCGCUCUCUGCUUCUGCCAAGCCCCCUUGCAAGGGAGAACUUGGCUCUGAGUAGGAUGCAGUAGCAUCAAUGGCUACCAGUCAUAUUCUUACUGUUACCCUAUCUGUCACCCUAUCAGCAUUUCCUUACCAUGUCACCCACUUGUUAUCAUACAUGUAUAUGACUGAUUGGGCCCUGGCACUGACGUGGGUCUGAAAUAUAAGCCCUUUAGGUGGCACUGCAGGUAGAAAUGGCAGUAGAGUGCAAACUGGAAAGGGUUUCUGUACAUUUAAUGGUUGUGUAGAAAGAGGGAAUUCCAGCAGAUAACAAGCUCAAAUUCCUUCUUCUACACAACCCUUAAGGGGAUUCUAGCAUUCACUGUGGCAACCCUAAUACUGGAAGACAGAGCUGUACAUUUCACACAACUUACCAUGACCCCAUUACACUAGUAUGCUGCCACAAAUCUUAUUUUAUUUAUUUACUUUACUUUUAUCCCGCCUUUCCCUCCAUAGGGAUUCAAGGUGCCUAACACUAAUAUAACACAAUAUAAUUGAAUCUAAAAACAAGGCAAAUACAUAUACAUAUGGAUAAAAAAAUAUUUGUGUCAUGGAUACAAAUAUCAAAAUACAAUUAAAAUUACAUUUAAGGUUCACCAUCCCACCAAAAUCCCAUCCACAACCUCCCCAGCAGUGUGCCCCUUAUCCUUUUCCAAAUGCCCGAUGACACAAAUUGUCCUUUGCCUCUCACAGCAAAUGUCUGAGGCAAAAUAUUUUCAGUCAUCCCUGCAGCACAGGAAAAUGGGAUUUCUCUUCUGCUUAGAGAACACGGAGGAAUAACACUGGGGGAAAUGCUAGAGCCCAGGAUUUCUGGGCUCUUUUUAUCCCUGGGUUGAAACAGGAGGAAGUAGGGGAUUUUCUGUCUUGUGCCCCAAGAUUGACAUGAUUAUGAAAACUGAGGUAGAAUUUGGAAGAACUAGAAAUUAGGCCUCUAGAAUUUCCUUUCACACUCUGACACCAAUUUUAUCAUAUGCCCCUUGGCAUGUCUGUUCCCUUUCACCAUGUCCCCCUCCUCUCUGUAGCAUUGAUCAGAGAACAUCCCCAAAAGUCCUACUGCACCCCUUUGUCCUCUCUUCCACAUGGGUGGAGUUCAACAACAGGCAUAAGCCAACGCCUGCCGUAAGCCUGAUGCACAAUAAAAUGGGAGACUGCA